CUAAGCGCGUUGGUCCUACCAUUUCUUUUCCCACCCAGCACAUGUUUGUUAUUUUUUUGUACAUAAAUCAAAAUUAAUAAUGUUGGCGCCAAUCAAGCAUUUAUUGAGCAACUACCGGAUAGUUUUGGCGAGCGGCUCUCCGAGGAGACAGGAACUGGUGAAAAUGCUGGGCCUGAACGCGGAGCUGUGUCCCUCGACUUUCGAGGAGAACCUGAAUCUGGAUGACUUCAAGGAAUUCUCGGAUUAUAUAGAGGCCACAGCUAUGGGAAAAGCGGAGGAAGUCUUCUCCAGAUUAAGUGCCUCAGGGGAUAAUAAGAAUCUUGUAGUUAUAGCUGCAGAUACGAUGGUGACUUUGGGAAAGGAGAUCUAUGGAAAGCCCAAGGAUGCUGCUGAUGCUAUUCGCAUGCUGACCAAUUUGUCUGGAACCUCCAAUCGAGUAUUUAGUGGCGUUGUUCUGAAACAUGCCAAUGGUAUUCGUAAAUUUACGGACACGGCGGAUGUUUACUUUGGUGAUUUGCUGCCAGAACAAAUUCAGAGCUAUGUGGACUCAAAGGAUCCAUUAGAUAAAGCAGGUGCCUAUGGCGUUCAGGGCCCUGGUGGCGCCCUCAUCCACCGUAUCGAUGGUGACUUUUACUGCGUGAUGGGCCUGCCUCUUAAUCGACUGUGCUGUGAACUAAAUAAACUCUUCCUAGAGGAUCUCUCCCCAUAAUUGGCUUGUCAACGCCGCGCCCAUCACAUUUAAACUAUCUGGAAGUUUUGCGGCAAUAAGCGUCAGAGGCUACACACGCUCUGGUGAUUUUAAUCUUGGCUGAUAAGCGGCACUGUAUCUCUCUCUGCCUUGCCGUGGAUUUGUUUGUUUUUGUUUUGUUUAUGGCUCAAAUCAAUUAAAAAUAAGAAAACAAUAAUCGCGAGGAGAGAACCUAACAAGAGAGAAGAGUACAGUGGUUAAAUAAUAAGUACUAAUGUGAAUUUAUUGUUAAUGUUUGGGACGCUUCUAUAUAAUUUACAAUAAAAUUGUAACAUUCUUAUAUUAAAAAAUUA